AUGGCCGAGUUAGAGCCUUUGCAGAGUGGCUACUAUGUCUGGAAAUAUGUCCCCUCUAUGGUCGCGGCCGUUAUUUUCUUGAUCCUUUUUCUUAUUGCAACACUGUUCCAUUUCUGGAAAAUCUUCCGAGUGAGGAUACGCUUUACACUACCGUUCGCAAUUGGCGGCAUAUUCGAAAUCAUCGGCUACGCGACCCGAAUUGAUUCCCACAAUAAUACCGGCAAGUUGAUGCCAUACUGUAUCCAGGCAGUGUUCAUUCUCCUUGGUCCGGCGCUUUUCGCCGCAUCGGUGUACAUGGUACUUGCCCGCAUCAUCCGGAGUGUCCAUGCAGAACAACACUCCGUCCUGCCAUUGAACUGGGUGACCAAAACGUUCGUACUGAGUGAUGUUGUCACCUUUUUGGUUCAAGCAGGCGGAUCCGGAAUGAUGGUUAGCAGCAGUCUUACGCAUAUUGGCCAAGGAAUUGUCAUUGCCGGACUUGCUUUGCAAGUUGUGAGCUUCUGCCUUUUCAUUGUCACAGCAUAUGUGUUCCAGACACGUAUGCGGCGCAACCCGACUGCGGAGGUAUUUGACAAUGACGUUCCAUGGAAGCAGCAUCUUUACAGCCUCUAUGCUAUAAGUGCUCUAAUUGUUGUCCGGUCCAUAUUCCGCGUUGUGGAGUAUGCUAUGGGCAAUGAUGGCUAUCCCUUGACCAAUGAAUGGACAUUGUACCUCUUCGAUGGUGUUCCCAUGUUUGCCGCAAUGGUGAUAUUUGCUAUCUGGUACCCAAGCGACUUGAAGUCUUUCCUUGUCGAAAAGCCACUCCCAAUGAGUGAGACGAUUCAGAGCAAGGCAUGA